GCGGAUGCUGCUCCGAGAACGCGUAAUCCUGGAUGUUGUCAAUAGACAACAGAUCUAUCCAAGCGAUGAGCAGCAGUUACUAGGUCUGCGGGUUUAUGUUGUAGAAGGUAUUCAAGGAAUCAUCAUUUGGUUUUCCGUCAGUUGCAUUCGCUUUCGACGACCUUGCAACCAAGAUGCCUCCCAAACGCAACAUCGCAGCGGAAGAUGUGGAUGAAGCUGAUGAUGAUGAGGUGGAGAGAUUAAUCAACAAAGAUGAUGAUAUAGCAGAUGAUGAUGAAGACUUCUUUCUCAAAGGUCCUUCCAGCAAAAAAACUGUUCGCUUUGCUUCAGAUAAACUGAAAGAUGUGAGGGUGCAGAUUGCUGAGGUAACUGAUGUAAUGCGAGAUAAUGUUGGGCGGCUCCUGGAAAGAGGUGACCAACUGGACAAUCUCCAGGAUCGAUCAGAGGGACUUGCAACCACUUCUGAUCAGUUCCGAACCACAGCAACCCGCCUGAGACGCAACAUGUGGUGGCAAAAUACACGUGCAAAACUUUGCAUUGGAGUCACAAUAACUGUCAUUUUGCUAUUGAUAUUUGUUCCAGUCAUUAUCAAAAUGAAUUCAUAGAUCAGCCAAAGGCCAGCAUGUGCAAUCUUUCAUGGUAAUGGAACCCUAGUCUGAUCCUCUGUAGAGAGAGGAUGAAUUUUCUAAUUCUGCAGCUCAUUUUGGGAUAUGAACUUAAUGUUACCAAGGGUGAUCUGUAUAUUUUUACAGAACAAAGUUGAAUAUUGAUGCUGCUCUGUAAUUUUGGAAUAUUGCAUGAAUUACUUUAAACUUUGUAAGUCCUUACAUUUGAAACCCUUUCAUCAUGCUGCAUCACAUGGCAUAGUCUCAAAACCUGAAUGUCUUGCAUUGAUAUCUUGGAAAGACCAAGGCUUUCAGAGUAGACAGAUUUUAUUUUGAUUUUGUUCUCAGAAGAUGUAGUAUCCUUUUUUAUAUACCAAUGGAAAUUUUACUUUUA